AUGGUUCUUGGAAAUCUACUCAUCUUCGCCAAUCGGAGAUUGAUCAUGUUCGACUUCGUCAGUCACCUAAUCGUCAACAAGUUUCCGGAGAUUCCUGGCGGCGAAAAACGGAGCUACCCCAGCACUGGCUCCUCCCUCUCUUUUGAUUCUGCUUCUGCUUCCAAGGACAAAAAAUCAGCAAACAUUGUGCUGUCUGAUGAAUAUGAAUCUCAGAUUCCACUCUUCUUUAUUCAAGUGAUUUGUCCCCACAUUGCUCUAUUUGAUACCGUACUGGUGUGGAGAUGUGGUCCCUUCAUGGUUGGUGAUUGGUUGAAAUGGGCUUUGGUAAGUGUUAUUCAGUUUGUUAUUGGCAAGCGUUUCUAUGUUGCCGCAUGGAGAGCUCUUCGAAAUGGUUCAACUAACAUGGAUGUGCUGGUCGCUCUGGGCACGUCUGCGUCUUACUUCUACUCUGUUGGUGCUCUUUUGUAUGGAGCAGUCACUGGGUUUUUGUCACCAACUUACUUUGAGGCAAGCGCUAUGUUGAUAACAUUUGUCUUGCUGGGUAAAUAUUUGGAAUCUCUUGCAAAGGGGAAAACCUCAGAUGCUAUGAAGAAGCUAGUACAACUUACUCCAGCAACAGCGAUACUAAUCGAAGGCAAAGGAGAAAGAGAGAUAGAUGCAUUACUGAUCCAUCCUGUUCCUGUAUCUAAAGAGGUUGAUUCACCAGUGAUCGGUGGUACCAUUAAUAUGCAUAGUGUUCUUCACAUUAAAGCUACAAAAGUGGGAUCUGAUGCAGUACUGAGCCAGAUUAUUAGUUUGGUGGAGACAGCCCAAAUGUCUAAAACUCCUAUCCAGAAAUUUGUAGACUAUGUUGCAAGUAUUUUUGUUCCGGUAGUGAUCACUUUGGCAUUGUUCACUCUAGUAGGCUUGUCAAUUGGUGGAGCUGUUGGAACUUACCCAGAUGAAUGGUAG